AUGUCAAAUCUAUUUGAAAAUUUAUCACAUAUUAUAUUAUCAAGAAUCAUAGGAAAUCUAUCAGAUAUCGUCGAUAGAAUAUGCUUUAGUUUAGUUUGCAGAAGAUUCUAUUAUGAAAGACAUGCAUAUCUAAACUUUUUAGAAACUGUUCAAGAUAACAUCAGAAAUAAGCUUACUCUUUCAAGUUCUUUUUAUUUCAAUUCCUAUAGAGAUAUUUAUGAUAGACUCGUCGAGAAAAACAAACAUAAACAUUACUCUCAGUUGUUAAUCCUAAACAAUGAUCAGCCGAUGCUAGAUCAAUUUCAUAAAAUAUAUAUUGUUUAUCAACAUUGCAAAGAAAUUAUCAUUCUUGGCGAAUCUUUUAAUCAUCUGAGACUUACCAGUAACUUUAAAGAAAAGUUGGCUCACUCCAAUGUACACACUUUGGCAUUCUCCGAAUUUGUUGAUGUAGCAUUCGACCAAUUUCCAAGCAAUCUAAAGGUGAUGGAAAUAGAAUCUACCUACCUACCAUACCUUCCAUCAUCUUUAGAAAGUCUGACAGUGAGACAUAAAUCAAUGGACCCGAUCACUUUAGAUUUCGAUAUAUUCCAUUCACUCUCUGAAUUAAGAUUCCGAGUUACUGACCAGAGAAAUCCUAUAGUUGCAAUCAAGUCGUUUCCACCCAACCUAAAGACACUAUACAUUCACUACUUUUCAGCGAAUAUUAUCGGUGACCAACAACCCGCAUCCUUACCAUUAUCAAUACAAACCAUUGAGAUCAAUUCAACGGCAUGGAUUAAUCUAAAAUCUACAAUGAAUUUGAAAGAUUACCAGAAUCUAAAGAAAAUGGUUAUUACUUUGGAGUUGGGUGAUCAAUACUUGGACAUCCCAGAAACUGUGGAGGAUCUAGCAUUUAACUGUAGUUUCUAUUUCACUUUACAGAAGAGCAUCCUACCAACAGGAAUUAAGAGAUUUAAAAUCAACAACUCUAAAAUACAUUUCACAGCAGACGUAUUUGCAGACUUUAGUAGCUUGGAAUCUAUCGAUCUUCGAGAAACAACCGCGAAAACCAAAUAUCCUAUCGGACAGUUACCUGGCAAUCUUCAAUUUUUCAGACCACCAAACAAUCAUGAAAAGCCAUUACCUGAUGAUUUCUAUUCUCUACCAGUUGGCGACUUGUUAAAAGACCUUCAACUCUUGUCUGUUAGUCAGGUAAUCCCAGAAUCCGUCAAACAUCUAACUUUUAGUGAUCAGAUGUACGGUCAAACAAUACCAGUUGGAUUGAUACAACAAGGUGUAGAAACAAUUGAUUUCUCUGGAUACCUUGAUACUGUUCCAGAAGGUGCAAUUCCACCCUCAGUAAAAUCAAUAACAGUUGUGUCUGAAUUCCUUUACAACAACCCAUUGGAUACACUACCAGCAACCAUAUCCAAUAUCCAGUUAAUAUCGAUGCAAAAUUUUAACUUUAGAAGAUAUAAUGAAUCCUUUAUUUUGACCACUGAUGAUCAUAUUAUAAAAGGUGGUAUUUUACCUUCCGCCUUCAUACACGACAUUCUUUUAGAAUUUCAAGACGACGAUUUUGAUUUUUCAUAA